UUGUGAGACAAAAGCCACCCGAUAGGCGCGCGAAGACAAGCGCACGCGCAUAAACAUUUCAGUGGACGCGUUCGCGCGCAUCGCACGUUUGUCGCGCACGACCGAGAACGCACCAUGAUUCUCGCAGGCGCGCAAAUCGUGGACGAGCAGAGUGUGGCCUAUAGGCCUGAAAUGUCUGGGACAGUGAGGCCUAGUGCAAGCCCCUCCAACGCCCCUAUCCCAGUCUCUCCCCAGGGACCUCAAGGCCUUAAACAAACCGUUGCUAAAAUCCCGAAGAGGGACCCUGUGGAUAUCCAUUUCUCCAAUAUCACAUGCACCGUCAGCUUAGGCAUUAAUAAAGGUCAAAAGCAGAUCCUCCAUGGGGUACACGGUCGACUGCGUCCUCGGCAACUUAUUGCCAUCAUGGGCCCCUCGGGCGCUGGUAAAUCCACAUUACUCGACGUACUCUCCGGAUACCGUAUCAGUGGCGUUGGCGGAGCAGUCUUCAUUAAUGGAAGAGGACGUGUCCUUAAGAGGUUCAAGCGCAUGUCAUGCUACAUUCAGCAGGACGAUCGAUUGCAGGGCCUGCUUACUGUCGGGGAGAAUAUGAUGCUUGCCGCAGACCUCAAACUGCCCACAAAACUAGACAAAUACGAGAAGGGAGAAGUGAUCGAAGAUAUCCUGACUAAUCUGGGUUUAUACGAGCACAUGAACACUAGCGCCGCGCAGUUGUCUGGCGGUCAGAGAAAGCGGCUCUCUAUCGCGCUGGAACUCAUCAACAACCCUCUCAUCAUGUUCCUAGAUGAACCCACUACCGGUCUAGACAGUUCCUCGUGCUCCAAUGUGGUGGAACUAUGCCGUAGUUUGGCACAUCAGGGGCGAACAAUUGUGUGCACGGUGCAUCAGCCUUCUGCGUCUCUGUUUGCGCUCUUCGACCAUGUGUAUGUGCUGGCAGCAGGCAGUUGCCUCUAUCAGGGCACCACAGCCAACUUGGUGCCGUAUCUACAGCAGGCCGGCUUACCUUGCCCCAUGUAUCACAAUCCCGCCGACUACAUAAUAGAGUUAGCGUGCGGGGAAUACGGUGAGGAUAAGAUAGACUACUUGACUAAUAAAGCAGAAAACGGGAGAGACCUGAGCUGGUUUGAAGAGCCAGAGGAAAUUCCUAGUAUGGAGGCGCUCCGUAAGCAGUAUCCACUCAGCGUUCUAAAAGAACAAGACUCAGGACCCGCUGGAGAAGAGACGUCGCAGUCUAACCAGACCUCGGUGCUCAUAAAAAGGGGAUUCAUGAAAGCUAAACGUGAUUCGACUAUGACGCACUUGAGGCUUGUAGUGAACGUUGUGGUGGGUAUCAUGCUCGGGAGUUUGUUCAUCAAGGCGGGCAAUGAGGGCUCGCGUGUAAUAGAGAAUUAUAACCUUCUGUUCGCCAUACUGAUGCAUCACAUGAUGUCGCCUAUGAUGCUCACCAUACUCACAUUUCCAUCAGAGAUGUCAAUAUUAAUAAAGGAACAUUUCAAUCGAUGGUACUCCCUGGGAUCUUACUACAUAUCGAUAACGCUUGUGGACCUGCCGAUAUCUAUCGUAUCCUGCCUGGUGUUCAGCAUCAUAGUAUAUACAAUGUCGUCUCAACCACUGGACGUGGUGCGCUUUCUUAUGUUCUUUGCGAUCUCACUGUACACCGUGCUCGUCGCGCAGAGUUUCGGCCUCAUGAUCGGCGCUGUCUUCAAUGUUGUGAACGGCACAUUCCUGGGACCCGCGCUCUCUGUUCCAAUGAUGAUGUUCGCCGGCUUUGGGGUGACGCUGCGAGACCUACCUCCCUACCUCUACUGGGGUUCCUACGUCUCCUACUUGCGUUAUGGACUUGAGGGACUCAUCGGAGCCAUCUACGGCCUCGAGAGACCUACACUUGAUUGUAACCAGGCCAAAUAUUGCCAUUAUAGAUAUCCGAGGACAUUUUUGAAAGAAGUAGCGAUGUCGCCAGACAUGUUUUGGUGGGACGUGUUAGCUCUCACCGUGUUUGUCUUCGUGUUGAGAACUACCGCCUUCUUGUUGUUAAAAUGGAAACUAAAUGCAGUCAGAUAAAGACUUACUAAUGUUUACUAUAGUUACUUCCGCAUUCACAGACGUUAAGUAGUCAAAUCAGUGACCAAUUAACAUCUCUGAGUGCGUUAGUUGCCAUAUUGUUUCAUUGUACAGUUAGUAACAAAUCUAAAACCAAAGAUUUGUAAGUAUUUGAAGAAAAAAAGACGUUUAAAAACACAAUUAAUCAUUAAUUUUCAUCUGACUUAAGUCAAACCCAUAUAUAUAGAUACCUAACCCAUGGCACAAAAGCGAAAAAAAAGGUCUCUGGAAACUUUUAUGAGACAAAAUUUUUAAAAUUUGGGAAAUCGACUCUAGAUUAGACGCGAAAAUUGUAUGAAAUUAUAAAGACAGACCUAGUUAUAAUAUUGUAGUUUUUUAAACAGUGAAUUAGUAUUUAAUAUUUUAAACAUAGUUACAAGACUGUAACAUUUCGCUCUAUUUUUUUUUUAGAUUUGGCAAAAAUACUUAGAUACGUAAUUAAAAAAGUUAUAUUUAGUUAAGUUUCAACCAAACUUUGUACGUAUAAGGGUCCAAAUACUGUGAUAGUUGAAAUGAUGUAAUUAUCAAGUAGUGAUAUAUUCUUGCCUAAGACAGGACUUAUAUGGACAGUCAGCUGCAAAAA